AUGGCACUCUCGUUGACAGGGAAAUACGUUAUCGUGACAGGCGGCACCAGGGGCAUUGGGUAUGCCGUUGCCAAAAAGCUAGCAUCGAGAGGCGCAAAGGGGGCAAAGGUGGCCGCGGAGAUCAGGAGUCAUGGAUCUGAAGCAUUGGCCAUUCAGGGCGAACUGAAAGACCCCAAUUUCGCACAGUCGGUUCUGGACAGUGUCCUCCGCGGAUUCAACACGCGUACGAUUGAUGUUCUGGUCAACAACGCAGCCUUGACGGGGUUAAAUGAUAAUCUGCCGGUCAAGGACGUUACCAUCGAAAACUUUGACGACGUCUUCCACGGCAAUGUUCGGGCACAGAUGUUCCUGAUGCGAGCGGUGCUGGAACAUCUUCCGGAGAAAGGGGGCAGAAUCAUCAAUGUCAGUUCCAUCGCCGCGAAGAAGGCCUCGCUUGAACCAUAUGUAGUGUAUGGGGCGUCGAAAGCUGCUCUGGAGUCUCUCACGCGCUCCUUCGCGAUGGAGUUUGCGUCCAAGUACGGAUGCACAAUCAACGCCGUCACUCCUGGGUUCACAGUUCACGAGGACAUACUGAAACGCAUUCCCAAGGAGACCCUCGAGCAGGCAAAUCAGCAACAGAAUGUGGAGAAGCGAUUCGGAAACCCCGACGACGUCGCUGAGGUCGUAGCAUUUUUGGCUUCCGAAGAGUCGCGUUGGAUCAACGGCAAUUGCGUUCCGGCUAACGGUGGCGCCAAUAUAGCAGCAGAAUAG